AUGAUUCCCUCCUGGUUCCGUCUGCGCGAGGUCAUGCCGUCCGAUCCUCAAGACCCAGCAAACGCAAUGGAGGUCAACCAGCUGCACCGCGCUCUUACUUCUCUCUUGAUCCUUCCUGAUACCGAACAGCGCAUCGAAGAACGCUUCUCCAGGCCUCUGCCUCCCUAUGACCCUCACAACGCGUCCGUCAUCCAGUAUCGCACGCUCAAUCCUGGUCCCCACCACAGCAACGUCGCCUUUGCCGACCAUCUCUUUCUUUUACAUACGGCCAGCUAUCCACGUGUUCCUGCGGCCUCGGUGAUGAGUCUCGAGCAAGACCAAGAUAACAACAUCACUGGCGCUUGUCAUAGCCGUCAGCGCACUCUUGAAUGGCUUGAACAACUCUCCCGCGUCCCUCCUGAGAAUCCCCGCGUGCCGUCUCAUGGGCUGCUGACUGGAACUCCUCCUCGAGUACUGCCAGAGACGAAUCUGAAAGAGGACGAAAUGAGCGAAGAUGGAAACGAUGGAGACGACGAAUAUGAAGACGAGGAGGACGAGGAAGAAGAAGACGACGACGACGACAACGACAACGACAACGACGAAAACAAAGGUGGAAACGACAGAGACAGUCUCCGCGUCAACGUCCUCGACGAACCGAGGACGGCGUCCGGCCCACGUCGUCGCUCCUCUCGCAUGGCACAACUUCGUCCGGCUCGCCAGACGCCGUCCUCGGUUCGUCGCAUCAUCGGGGGAAGAGGAGGAAGAGGAAAGAAGCGCGGCCGCGAUGGGGAUUGCAACGGAGGCGCCCGUCCGAAGAAACCAAAGAAAACGAAAUCGGAUGGGUGGCCGCCGUUAUCCUCACUGAGACGGAGCAGUCGGCUUGCCGGUGCUGCUUCCACGGGCGUUUGA